UAACAUAUUGAAAAUCAGCGAAAUAACACGAGUUAUUGUUUCAUGCACAUUAAAUAUAAUGUUACAGUAUCUAACUAAGGACUACUAAUGGUUUCUUUCUUUGACAGUAAUAAAAUGAUAAGAUAAAUUGUCAGUGAUUGUUUAGUAAAGCAUUGCGCUCGUGCACAGUAUUCUUCCAUGUUCGAAUCAAGAUGGACCACGGAACGGCUGAGUUGGAAAAGAUAAAUAUAAGUGAUGAAAAUGAAGUGAAAUCUCUAAAGGAUGUGGACACAAAUCGACCGUUUCGGAGACAGGCCUUUGUUUCCAUGGGGUCAUUCCUCCUGUCCUUUAGUGCUGGAGCAACUGCUGGGAUCUCAGCCAUCAUUAUACCGCAACUGUUACAUGAGGAAGGAAGACAUAAAUAUAGUACAGAGAUGAUGUCCUGGGUAGCGGCUAUGUCUUCUUUGGCUCUUCUCUUCGGUAACAUGAUAUCCGGGUACUUAAUGGAACGUUUUGGCAGACGAAUGUCUCAAAUCAUCCUCUCAAUGUUCUACAUUAGUGGCUGGCUGAUCAUUGGAUUUUCGACGAACAUCUACUACAUGCUAGUUGGAAGAUUUAUUACAGGAUUUUGUCAAGGAUGGCUAGGCCCAUUAGGACCUGUAUUUAUUGGAGAAAUAAGUUCACCAGCCUACAGAGGUCUAUUCUUGGCUGGCCUCUCCUUAAGCAUUGCAUCUGGCGUUUUUAUGUCGCAUUUGUUUGGAACUUUCCUUCACUGGAGUCAUGCAUCAAUUCUUUGCGCGCUGUUUCCGUUGCUCGGAUGUGUUAUUUUAUACUUUUCACCCGAAUCGCCUUCGUGGCUUGCAUCUAAAAACGAUAUCGACAAAUGCAAAAAAUCAUUUUAUUGGUACAGAGGAACAAGUUUAGUUAUGCAGAACGAGCUGGACAAAAUGUUAGCCGAAUACGAGAAGAAAAAAGAAGUAAAACCCAAGUGGGAAACUUUGAAAGAUAAUAUACAGAAACCAGAGUUCUGGAAACCUCUUUGUAUAAUGAUUGUAUUCUUCAUAGUCACCCAGUUGUCUGGUAUCAAUGUCAUAUGCGCGUACACAACAGAUAUAAUGAAAGUGCUUAUAGGUAAUAAUAAAAACACGUACACAGCUAUGUUAGCAACUGAUGUUUUACGAGUAGUAGCCCUAAUUUCGGCUUGUAUCCUCCUUCGCAGAAUAGGUCGAAGACCACUGGCUAUAUUCAGUGGUGUGUUUACAACAUUAUCUUUAAUAACACUAUCCAUAUAUUUAUAUCUUGUUGAAAAGAGGAUUAUAAGGCAUAUAUCACCGCUGAUAUCAUUAGGAUUAAUGGCUAUAUAUAUUGUAGUAUCUAAUUUAGGCAUAUCACCAUUACCAUGGAACAUGGUUGGUGAAGUAUUUGCGUCAGAAACAAAAGGAUUAGGUUCUGGUAUAAGUGUGAUGAUGACUUCAAUGGCCUUCUUUGGAACUGUUAAAACUGCGCCCGCCAUGUUCCAUACUAUAGGACACCAUGGUACCUAUUUGUUUUAUGGCUUAUCUACUCUCUGUGGUACGGUCUUCCUAUACUUCUUCCUUCCUGAAACCAGAGGUAAAACUCUAUUACAAAUAGCAGAACAUUUUAGAUAUGGAAAUAAAGAAAAAAGUAAAGAAUCAAAUAAUCACUGCGUAUAAUUGGGUUUGAAGAACCGCUUAAUGUCAGUGUGAUAAGAUAACGCGUAAAACAGGUCAAUAGUUUUACGUAAUAGGAUUCAAUUCAUCAAUGUGAUAGUCCCAGUAUAUUGGGCUAUAAUGAAUAAUUGUCAUCAUAAUUUAGAUAAUAAUUUAGAUACGGACUAAUUUAGGGUCCUUUAGGUGUAAUUUAGUCACACAAACUGUAUAAACUGCCAGUAUAAAUCAUAACAAUUGACAUAUAUAAUCUACUUAACCUCAUUAGAUAUUUUUCUCAACUCUUUGAGAAACAAAAUUUUUGUUAGCAUCUAACGGCCGACUGUUUACAUAUGGAAACAAAUUAAUAGGAGAAGAGCACGUUGUAUCGCCCCAAGUGUUUACGGAUGCACCGUUGCUAAUAAAAACAAGACAAUUUCACAGUCCGUUUAAGAUGGACAAGUGGCACGCUUCUGUUUCAACAAGUUAUGAAUUUCUUCCUGUUGUGACACGUGGGUAUGAGUGGAGUGAUUCGCAUCUGCAAGGAUUUUUUUCUGAAACACAUCGUUUCCCACGUUACACGUUGGUACGCGACCUGUUUUUGUGCACCACAAAAAGUGAGGGUAACAUCUGGAGGUGUGGUUAUUUUUGGAGUACAAUUUGAGGACGAGGAAGUAAGAAUUACACCCAGCCAUAUAUCAGUUAAUGCACGAAGUAAAUAUUUAUUAAGUAAUUAAUGUUUCUUCUUAUCUUAUGCUUGAGAUUCUGUCAUUUUGGUAUUGUCUUUUGUUAACAUAACUUUUACACAUUAAGGAGACACUUUUGAAACGGAUUGAAGCUAUGUAUUAUUAUUAUAAACUUAUAAUUAUUUACAUAAUUUUAAAAUUAAAAUUUUCCGACGAUUCACGUGCUCUACAGCGUGCGUGGUCACGUUGACUGAAAACAAAAGGUGUUGAAUGUCAAAAGUAUAACAGCUGUAGAGAAAGUUGUGUUAUCUGUAUGUAAAUACAUGUACGUGUGUAAUACAUGUAAAUAAUUUUAAGUUUAUAAUAAUAAUACAUAGCUUCAAUCCGUUUAAAAAGUGUAUUCUUAAUUCUGUCAUUUUAUCAACGUGUACACGGGAAGUAGAACUAUUUAUAAUAAAUUCGUAAUUAUGUAUUCAAAAAAAGAACAAUUAUGAUUAUACAAUAUUGACUUCUGCUACAAAUUUAAAAAAAUACACAUAUAUCUUAUAUCUAACUACACCGAUUGCACAGACUAUUAUUCUAUAUCUAUAUCUAUAGAUAAAAGAAUUGUAAUACCAACAAUGAGUAAUUUAACAAAUUACACACAAAUCUAUAAUUUUUAUUAGUCAUAAAGCACACCAAACGUCUCUUAAAGUCACCUUAUUGGCUCUUGUAAUUAAAGGCUUUUAAAUAGUUCCAAUAGAAAUUAGCGUAAUUUUCAUAUCAAGCAGUUCCGGUGCGUUCAUUUGUUUAUUGUUCUGUGAACCACUUGCAUAUCAUAUCAGUGUGUGGGUCAAAAUGAAUAUUGAAGAGACACGUGUCGGAAAUGCUGCACGUGGUUUCAAUUAGAUUGAAAAAAACGUUGUCUAGAAUAAAAAGCCUCACCCCUAAGUGGGUGGAGUCGUUGAUAAAGGUCUUAUCAUCGAACGUAUAUUUUGACCUCUGUACACGAAACAAUGUAUGAUUUUAUUACCCUCUUAAGUAGUCAAUUUAAUGCUUCGUUUGUGAUAUUCAAAUAUUUGAGAUUUUGAUAGUGAGUUUAUUGAAAUGUCCAAUAAAUUAUUCUAGUAGUAAUAGUCAAUAGUUAGCUGUUCGAUUGAGAUUUUUAUACUAUGAUUAUCUUUAUCUAGUCUAUAAAUUUAUACAGCAAUAAAAUUUAUAGAAA